AUGUCAACCAAAAAAGUCAAACAUUUGACAAUUCCUGCAACACCUAGAAAGACCUCAGAUCUAUCUCCAAGUCAAAAUGCAGCACGAAGCACCAAAAUUAAGGUCAUUGGUCGAUUCAGACCAUUAAAUGAUUUUGAAAUGGCAAGCUCUAUAUAGAAUUUAUCUGAAAAUAAACAAUUUGUAACUUUUGUAUCCGAUCAAAUAGUUUCUAUAGGAGGAGAAGGUAAAGACCCAGAAACUUUUAGCCUUGACCACGUCUUCUCUUCUCAGUCAACUCAGAGCGAGGUUUACGAGUUCUUAGGAAGGCCAACUAUAGAGGAUGUACUCAGUGGAUACAACGGCACAAUUUUUGCAUAUGGCCAAACAGGGUCAGGGAAAACCCAUACAAUGAUGGGAAAAGAUAUUUUUGAUGAAGAAUUUAGAGGUGUCAUACCAAGAGCCGCGUCUCAGAUUUUUGAAGCGGUUAAUUCAGAUUUUGGAGAAGUGGAGUAUAUAUUAAAAUGCUCAAUGCUUGAAAUAUAUAAAGAAAAUUUGAGGGACUUAUUACAAGCCCAGCAGGUAAAUCUUAAAAUUAAGCAAUGCCCAAGACGAGGAAUAUACGUACAUGGACUAACUGAAGUAUGUAUAACCUCUGAAAAAGACAUGCUUGAGGUUUUAGCAUUAGGUGAACAAAUGAGAACAGUUGCAUCAACAAGACUGAAUAAUUCGGCUACAUUUCAUUUUAUUGGAACACUUUCUUAAUGAUAUUUUCUCGAGGAUUUUUGUCGGAAAAAUUUUUACCUGUGCGAUUUCUUCUGAACAAAUGCCAAAUAAGAAGAAGAAGAAAAAUUAUGCUUAUCCCUACCCUACAAGUUUAAUUGCUUCGUCAUAACAUCCCAAUGGUUUAUUGUGCCCAAGGCACAACAAAAACGCCAACAGCAACUCAAAAACCUCGCCAAAAUCAGCUCCACAACUCACGCAUCACAACUCACGCUCCACAACUCACGCAUCACAACUCAUGCUCCACAACUCACGCUCCACAACUCACGCCGACAACUCCUGAGGCCACGGUUUUAAAAAUCAGCACAGGCCAUAUUUUUUCUCUUCUCAGGGCAUCAGGCCCUUUCCCCGUGAGGCAGAAUUCCACCGCAGCGACAUUCCUUCAGGCCCUUCACGCAGAAAACUCUGCCGCCUUUUAGCAGCCGGAUGAUUCAAUGGCCUUCGCUGUUGUGCGCCAAGCCUCUUCCUCCAGCAGAAGGUCCUUUCUUUCCUUCUCAGAAAUCUGCCAUUCGAUUUCCUGCAUGAUCUCCUCUGUGAUCCCUGCUUGCCUAAGGUCUUCCAGUUGCUCCUCCCUUAUGCCAAAUAAGGAAAAUUUUCGAUCAAAAAUCUCCGAGAAAAUGUCAAGCAAGGAAAAUAAGCAUAUAAAUGACUUGCGACGGAAUAAUACAUCUUCUAGGUCCCAUCUGCUUUUUAUAACAGAAGUUAACCAAAAACUGCCAAAUGACAGUGAGAAAAAAGGGAAAUUAAAUUUAGUUGAUUUAGCUGGAAGUGAAAAUGUUAAUAGGUCAGGGGUGACAGGAAAUAAGCUCGAAGAAGCCAAAAAAAUUAACCUUUCCUUGUCAGCGCUUGGUAAUGUGAUUCAUGCACUCAUAUCAAACUCGGAUCAUAUUCCCUAUAGAGACUCAAAAUUGACAAGACUUCUUCAAGAAUCACUAGGAGGGAACUAUAAAACUACCCUCAUAGUGGCUUGUUCGCCUUCUCCAAGGUCACAAGAAGAAACAUUAAACACUCUUCGGUUUGCUAUGAGAGCUAAAAACAUCCAAAACAAAGUUUCUAUAAAUAUCAAAAAUUCUCCUGACAGCAUCAAUCUUAUUAUUGAACAAUUAAGGCUUGAAUUAAGUUUAGCAAAAAGCGAAAUCCAAGCACUUAGAGCAGAGAGAGAUUCAGCUACAUCUUGCACAGACACCAGAUCAAGCUUAUGCCAAUCCCCACCAAGUCGCUCAAAGACUUACAAGCCUUUAGAAACUCCAAGAGGAAAGCAUAAAAGACCAAACUCAGGCUCAGACUUAAAAGUCAUGGUUUCUCUUGAUGAUCUAAGGACCUCAACAGAAGAGUCAUCAAAGAAGAAUCCAUUUUCAAUAUAUGAAGGGGACUCUCUGCAAGCAUCAUUUUCAUUGCCACAAGAUAAAAAAUCUGAUUAUUCUAUUCCAAGCCCUGGAAUUGAAAAAAUUCCUUUUAAUUGUGAAAAGUGUGAAAGGGAAAAAGAGAGUCAUAAAAAGAAAAUAAAAAAGUUAAAAACAGAAAACAGUCUUCAUUCUGAAAAAAUAAAUGACUUGGAAAAAAAAUUGGCAAAAGCUAUUGAAAAGCAGCUUAAAGCUGAACAAAAAGCUCAUGAAUAUUAUGAGCAUUAUCAUAAAAGCAUGCUGAUGAUAAAUAAAGAUUCAGAAGAAAAUAGGUUUUUAAAGCAGCAAAAUGAGCAGGCAGCACUUCAAAUUAGUAAACUAACGCAUGCUUUGCAAGAUUUGGAUGACAAAUAUAAAACCUUUAUUGAAAACGCAAGAAAUAUGAAGGAAAGCACUUGUAUUGAAUUUAACGAUGCAUUAGAGACUAAUGCCAGGAAUACUUUAAAUACAGUCUCAGACGCAGACGCAUCAUUUGAAGACAUUAGUAUUUCAACGACAGCUAAGUUUAUUUCAAUAGAUCAAGAAAAAUUGUUGGCAUCUAACAAUUAUACAGACGAGAUCAAAAAUGCUGUAGAAGAAAAUACUGAAUUAAGCAAAGAUUUUACAAUUUUUCAGCUAAAAAAUCAAGUUAUUGAAGCCAGCAUAAUAAACUCCAACAUGGCAAGAUCAAUUUAUUCAUUAGAAUGAAAAUUAGAAUUAAUUAACACCAAGCAUGAAAUGAAAAGAAAUUUAUGCAAGCACCAACAAGAACAAAUUAAAUCUCUAGAAGAAAUGAUCGACUAUCUUCAUGACUCAUUUCUUCACAUUGUUAAAUUAUCUGAAAAAAUAGAUUCAAGCGCAGCAAAGACACCAGAUACAUUGGCGGUCCCAAAACCUAUCAUUCUUAAACCUUUUACCCCAAGACCUUCAUCUAAAAAUAUGUAUGCUCCAAGAGGCAGUGUAAGAGUAUUUCCUGAUCAUUGAGAAAAAACGCCUGAACUGUCUAUUUGUGGCUCUUAUGUAGACACUGAUUCUUUAGAACCAUCAAAUCUGGCAAUGAAGACUAAAGCAUUGGAAACCAGUCUAGAAAUGCAGAGACUAUAUAAUACUGAACUAAAAAGAAGCAAUGAAGUAAAUAAAAAUCAAUCAAUUACAUACCAAAAAUUAUUAAAAGAAUUUGAACAAAAAAUAAUUUUGGCCCAAAAACAAGAAAGAGACAGGUGGAAACUGUUUUUCUCUGAGCUAAAAAUUGGAUGUGAAAAAGAGCUUGCAAGAAAACAGAUUGAGGUCAAAAAAUUAAAUAAAUUACUAGGAGAAUGAAUCCAUAAAUUUAUGGAACUGCAGGAAUCAAUUCAGUUUGAUGAGAAACCACUAUCAAAAACAAGUUUUGCUGAAAUCAAAAAUUUGAUAAAUCAAACACUUAGCUUUUCAGUUGAAACACCUACAAGCUUAAGAAGAAUGUUUUAUCGUUGCCCUUUGAGGCAAUCUUUCUCAACUGGAGAAGCUUCAUAUUUUAAGCCAGUUGGUGAUAAAAGUCCAAUUUAA